CACACACACACACACGAACGCACCAUAAAACACACAUUGAAAGAGAAAAAUCCUCACAAUUACACUGAUGCCAGCGUCUCAGCUGAUGCAAAGAAGGGGAUCAAGAUUGAACAAGGGGACUUUAGAGAAAACUGGACUGUGAAGUCGUUUAUGUGUCUGGAAAUAAGAUCCGUUUCAGAAGCGGGGGAGGACGAAUGGAAGGAAUGAAGGAAGGAAGGAGAAGCACCAAUUAGAGCUCCCUGUUCUGGAACAGGGCAGAGGCCAAAACAGGACAAGAGGUGUGUUUAAGGUUUGUGUCAUUGCCAUGGCGAGGUCCGGUCGACCGGCAUCUGAGAGCUACCAGUCCACCUGUUGCUCAGUUGGUCAGACAUUGUCCCUCUCAGGUAAAGCUAUGAUUCUGGAGGAUGAGGAUGACCAGUCACCCAUUUUCUCCCUCUCCAAGAGCUCCGUGGAUGUGGUCAUGGCAACAGGCUCGCCACACAAGCGGGACCCUGUUUGGACCAGACUGGACCUAAAGCGUAGCUCCAGCACCAACACGCACUCUGACCAGAACCAAGGGAGCUUGGUUCAGCAGCUGCACCCUCACAAAUGGCGACACAACAGCCACCAUUUCUUCCCCACGACCCAAAACGAGGAGCUGAUGAGUCCUCCUUCGCUCAGCGAGCGCUGGAUUUCCAACACGCAUCGCUGGAGUGGAUGCAGCAGCAGCACACACAGCCGCAGCAGCACCCCAGACACAGUUGUGUGGAAAGGAACGUCUUCAAGCCAGGAUGUCCCUAGCACCUCCACUCCAGACUCUCCAAUGUCCAAAAUAACUUCUCCACCUACAAUCCCCUCACCCUUUAUCUCCCCCUUCCACACACCUACUUUACCAUCUGAAGAUAACAUAACAUCCUCUUCACCGUCAACACUGAGUGCCCAUCAUGCACCAGAAUCCUGUCAUCACCCUUGGCCCACAAGUCCACGUGAAGAAGGCUCCGAAGGGAAACUUAUAUUUCAGUUUCCGUCUCCAGUCCCGUCACAUUUCAGCCUAGCAGAUGCAGAAGGGGGUUUAGAUCCUGGAUGCCUUGUUAAUGAUAUAAUAAAGGAAUUGUCAAGUCCUGGAGACAACCAGGUAUCAGAAGGUGAAGGAGCUAAAAGCCCACUGCAAAUGUUUUGCAACUCAAAGCCAAAUUCCUUUGCAGAAGAGGAAAACACUAAUAUAGGAUCUUCAGGCUGCCAUCUUGGGCUGACCUUGCAGCCGGAACAAAGGUGUUUGGUGGACCCAGGUUGGAGAUCACCACUAGUUUCCUCCUUGAGCGAUUCACAGUUGGGGCCCUGCGUCAGGUGCAAGCUGACCCCCUGGGGAGGAGCUUUGAAAACGUACAAGCUGUUCAGAGAAAAAGCAACAAUGACUUCCCAGAUGGAAACGGCAGAUGCUGCUGUGCAGACAGCCUCUCCAUUGGGCUCCUGCUGUGACCUCCAGAGAGACAUGUCCACCAGGUCACACUCUUUCUUGGGCUCGCCACCUGGAUCCAGACUUAACCUAAAGCUUCCCGUGGGAUCCCACUCCAAUCUGGUUUCUGCGUCUUCCAGCAUGUUUCCUGUAAGCAGUGGCGAAGAAGAGGAGAAGAAACGAGAAGACCCGGAGUGGGACGUCGCAUCUGGUUCCUCACACAAUCUGGAGAGGACACGGACAUAUCUGAACCUCCAGCAGGAGGAAACGGAUGAGCGAGGCAGGAGGGGUAGCAUGAAGCAGGUGCAGUGGGGCGAGGACGGGCUGACGUGGGAAAUUCAUGGAGCAUCUUUGGACCCAAAGGAGCUGAGUUCAGCCAUACAGAAACAUCUGGAUCUCAAGAACAGCCCUAAACCUCUGAGGUGUUCCUCAAAGAAGAAGAAAGCACCACUGCCUCCUCUCAUAUCAAACAUGGUAACGACUAUGGAACCUGGAAUGAGUCAACCUGCAAUGAGCAUCAAGUGCCUGGUGGAAGGUGAGAGUCAGGACAUGCUUGCAGAAGAAGGAAAGGAGGUGAUACGGGAAACAGGAAACAAAAAACCAGAAACGGAGGAAGCUGAUCAUAGAAGAAGCAAAGGAGACCAUGAAAUAUCUAAAGAAAUAGAGGAGGAUGAGGUGCAAGAGCAGGAGGUGAUCAGCAACCUGAAGCUGCCCUCCCACAAGAGCGAACACGGCAAGAAAAAGACUAAGAUCAUAAGUCUGAGGAGGCCGGGGUGGUGUGGAGGCUCCAGAAAGAUUGAUGACUGAGAGGAAGAUAAUUUAACUUGUGAAGUGUGACACAAUACUCCCAGAUCCAAACCAGCAAGCUAGUAUAAACAAACGGAUUAUUUAAAUGCACAAUUCUGUUGUUAGUGCUGACAGAUAAAACGUAAAAAGCUAGUCUGAGAAGGUACACGUCCAGUUACUGAUAAACUUGUGAGAUCUUCAGUUAACUGUAUAUAAUUUUUUAAUGUGUGACUUUGAGAUUUGCCAGUGCUUUACUGGUCUUGAUGAGAAUAAAUACAUCUGUGGCAGACCAUGGUGCAAAGAGAAGUUAAAGUUAUUUCAAAGUUUCCACGAGUGUUUGAAAACAGCCCUCCAGUCCCCCCACAGAGCUCCUCCCUUUUAAAAUUAAAAUCCUCAAAAAAAUUUAACUGAUGGUCACAUAUCAUGUUCA